AUGUCAAUCACAUUCCCCUUGCCUACGGAAUGCCUUCACAUGGUCAUCCGCCAUCUCGCAGACCAGUCCGACAUCAACACUCUCAGCAACUUACUGCGUGUCAAUAAAUAUGUUUUGUCGACCACCUUACCCAUUAUGUACGAGCACCCCUUCCGUAGCCGUCCUGUACGAUAUGUGGACAACCCCAUCGGUUUUGGUCUCAACAAAGACGACGGCGGCGAAGUACUCGUCAGUUCACUUAUGAUGGUCCGGACUCUCCUUCUCAGUCUUCCUCGCGACCAUGUCAUCAGUGACCUUCUGCGAGCGGCCUUCCUACAAGUCCAACCAACGGACCAGGAGCGGUAUCAUCCAUUACCGCCCGAGCCGAUAUCGAUCCCUUACUACUCCUUUGUCACUAAAAUCGAUCCAAGCGAUUAUUGGGUGCCAGGGAAUGGUAACUUUUUCAACAUGACACUUGCCGAUCGCACAACCCUCAAGAAUCAUCUGGAGCACCGCGGACAGACCGGCCGGUACCUGCUCGAGGAAGUCCCGGUGAACAUCCCGAUGGAACAACAACAACACUUCGACCUCGCCGCCCGUGCCGCUACCCGUGAGCUCCGGAGCGAUUUGACGUGGGCAUUGUGUUUUGCGAACGCAGAGCACAUCCAGGAGCUCCUCAUACCUAUCAUGGACAUCACCCGCUACGUCGCCCUGGUUCCUCGCCUCAAGGUCCUGUCCAAGGUCACUUUUCUACUGGACAAGGGGUUCCAAGUCAAGACACGCUACCGUCGAACGUAUACGCCAGCGGAACAGGAACAAUUGGAGUCACAGAAGUUGAUGAGGAUCCUAGCCUUUAGGGAGAUGAUCUCAUUCGUGCAGGAGCACUGUCGACUCUUUCCUCAUGUACUCAAACUCGGACGUUGCCGCAAGGAUCCUUAUGCCAGUAAUCGCGAUUGUCCAAAGGAAUACGAAUUUCGACUCCUCCAAGCCCUUCCGCCUUUAAUCAGCCCUACCGUCCUUGACCAGCAAAACUGGACCCAGUUUGUCGUCAAAGCUCACGAGACCGAUCUUUCACUUCUCAAGGCCAUCCAACCGAGCUCAGUUUUUUCACGAAGGACAUCAUCGAAGUCACAUGCGCUUGUUGUUGAUGGUCCUUUCCUUCACCGGUGCCGUGUCCUCGAGAGCGUCAUUAUGCCGUUCCUUGACGACGAUACGUUUCAAUGGGCUGUCGAUGAGCGCAAGCAGCAUGAUGCCGAUAUUGCAGCAGGAUGGACUCUCCCACGACCGCUUGUGCCGCUUCGCAUUUUCUCGACCAACUAUGGCCAGCCUGCAUUUGGACGACAGGUCAACGACGUGGCAUUUGCAUUUGGUCGAACGCUUGAAAAAAUUAGUGCUUCAAGUGAAUGGUGGGAAAGAUUAACGGACCACGAGGCUGCACUUGAAUUCUCGAUCGGCGAAGGCGACAACAGCUGGGAUUUGCCUAGGCUCUCAGAGCUAUUGGUUCAUAUGCGUAAAAUUUUGAUCAGCAUCCAUCCAGAUGUCAUCUCGAGAUGCCCACGGCUGUCUCGUAUAUUUCUCGUGGAUCGGCGAGAGGAGUAUCGUCUGGACGAGGUUGUGCGUUGGACUCCGACAGAGCUACCACUGUUGAAAGAGCUCGUUCUUAAUGGCACUCCGGCCAUCUCCUUCCAUCCCGACAUCCUUCAUAGUACAACCAAUUUGAGGGACUUGGACCUGGGGAUGUUCACCUCCGGAGCCGAUGUGACAUUCAUUCCGCCCGCCGAGGAACUCGACUGUGCAGAUGACGACAACAUCAACGACAACAACAAGAAUAAUGACAGUCUCUCAACAUAUGGAUCGGUCCCAAGGAAACAACCGACCUGGACGUGGGACUGGUAUCUUCCUAAUUUGCUCUCCCUCAAACUGAACGCCGAGUUUGGAUACCGCUUCAAGUUCAGGAUGUUGGCUGGGACACCGAAUCUCGUACGAUUUAUUGUUGGAAUUGGCUCGCGAUCAGGCCAACAUAAGCGAACCAUUGGGAUUGCGGACCUUAUUAAGCCUGGAUAUCAACACCUCGCUAUGGAUCGCUUUCUAGAUCAGGAGCAGCAACGGCAGCGCUGGACCUUGGAGCGACAACAUGUCGUCGGAGAUAUCGACAACAGCAGCAGCCCCAUUGAACUCGAGGAGAACGACGACAAGUUUUUGAAAGACUUCGAAUACGUCCACGUCCCAGCACUCAAGAAUUUCACUCUGACGGGUCCAUGGUCUCUUGAUAGGCGAGUGCUGGAGGUUCUGUUUGGCAAGGUCGCGCCCGGUGUCCAGGAUCUUAUCAUGUCGUCCGAGGACAUAAUGUGA